CCCCCCUCGUACCCCACCUCCCACAACACUUCACUACCACUCCUGCUCUCUUUCCUCGCUUCUCCACACUACACAUCAGACACCAUGCCUUCCUUCGCGCAAGUGACUUCGUCUCUACUGGUGCUCGCCCUUGCAGCACAGGCGAGCGGCCGCAAGAUCCAAGAGAAGGGAGGGCUCCGGCUACGCAACCUCGCCGAGACCGACGACGUAGCUGCCGCGGAAUGGACUUACCGAGCGACGGGAGUCGUCGGGGAAGAGCCGUACGGCCCAGACGACUGGUACUUGGGAUACCCCGACUGCGCAGGGACGAAGCAGACGCCAAUCAACAUCGCCGCAGACGUCAUGGGCACGGCUACCAUGCAGGAGCAGGCCAUCGCGUUCUUCCCUAGCGCGUGCAACUCGACCGAGUUGGUCUUUCAGUCGGACUUCGCCGUGUGGCAGGUUGACUUCUCCGGGUGCACCACUGCGCCCUACCUCCAGUACCAGGGCGAGACCUACAACCUUCUCCAGUUCCAUAUCCACUCGCCCUCCGAGCACGUGCUCGGUGGCGCAGAAUACGCGGCGGAGAUCCACCUGGUUCACCUCAAGGAGAACACCGACGACGAGUUGCUCGUAGUGGGGAUCAUGUUCGAAGUCAGCGAGUACGGCCAGAACGUUGAGCUGGAGCCCAUGUGGAACGUGAUGGACUUGAACCAGGACGUAGCCGAGGAGGAGUUCAUGGCCGCGGCGUACUCGCUCUUGCCCUCUACCCCUAGCUUCACCACCUACUCCGGGUCGCUCACCACCCCCCCGUGCUCCGAGGGCGUGAGGUGGAUCGUCAUGAACGAGCCCAACUACAUGAGCACGAUGCAGCUGGACAACUACCGCCGCGCGGUUGCGUUGCACGAGGGCUCGAAGGUGAGCGAGACGGGCGCCACCAACCGCCCAAUCCAGGACCUCAACGGUCGCGACGUUUUCUACGUGACCCCCUAGGCUCGUCGCCGAUCGAGCGGGUGUGUCGUCGCACCUUGUGUAGUUAUUGACGUAAUUGACGGGGUACACAACUUUCACCCCUUGCAGCAGGGAUUCUGAGCGGGAAGGAAAUAGGAAUAUCACACACCUCGACGAUGGUUGAUUCUUGGUUUGUAGAGGUGUGAUGGAGGCUAGGUGAAUUCCGUUCGGGGGGAGCGGGGGGCACAGAUGACAAUGCAUCUCUCUUGGGUUUGGAAUGCUACGCCCAAGAAGGUGAACCAUGUUUGGGUGAGAUAAUAGAGCCAAACAUACUACAAAAGAUACAGGUACGGUGAUGUGCGGCAAGUUUGUAGAGCGUUUUGUGGAAGAGCCCGCCAAGGGUAGGACGUAGACUAGACGGCUACAUGGUAGCCUUCUUCGGGUACGUUUUCUCAGAUGAGAUAAACGUCUGCAAUUCUUCUGUUUCUCGGUUUCGUUGUCUUGAUUUUUUCCGAAUUUAAAAAGUAGAAUACUUUCACCAUCACAGCUUAAGUUUCAUUUGUAGAAGGGGUCACACGAAUCUCCGAUGUAUCUUGUUGAAGCGAUUCCCUCUUGUUGUUGAAGACGAUUUCAUCUUGAUGUUGAAGGCGAUUCCAUCUUGUCACGUUUGUCGUUGGGGUUAGAUCGUCCUGGUACCUAACAAAUGAGGGGUAAAAUGUGAAGAUGAUGUUUGGCAAGGGUCACAUCAUGCGUGACGGAAGAAGUGAUUCUCUGCUGGCUAGCUCCCGCACGUGUGUAUUACCGAAGACGGUAUGUGUGCGUGAGGCACACGCCGCAAGGAGUUUGAUGGGAAGGAUUUAUUUGUGCUGCGAUGGAUCUAUGCAUCAUCUCCACACCCUACCUAUCAAAGGAGCUGCUAGAGCCUUCAAAGGAGCUGCUAGAGCCUUAUCGGUGGUCGCGAUGCUCCCACCUAUCGUUAUGUUUUGUCGAGCCGGCGCGAUUGUUCCGAAAAACAAACCCACCUGACAGCUUGCCAGGAAGAGCAGCACCCAGGGCCGCCAGUUGGGUCCGCACCGUUGACGCCACCUGCUGGUAUUUAA